AUGAACGGACAUGGUCCAGCCGCAGCACCCCCGCCGUCGGCAAUGAAUGGCUCGCACCACCCGAGAGGAGGCACUAGGCCGUCACUAGCUCCUCUGACGACGCUGGGGCCGUCAGGACCGCCGUCGUACCACCCUGCACACCCUAUGGCCGGUCCCAGUUCGUCGAAUGGGCUGGCCUCGGGGUUCGAGACGGCCGUUCCAGGCUCGACGCUAUUGUCAGCGGUGCCUUCGGCCUCGGCAAUGUCCUUGUCGGCGACGACGAUGGCACAAUAUAGCGCUGCGGCGCGUCGACAAGCGCGGCUCGCAGGUAACGUCCCUUCGCCGUUACCGCGUACAGAACCGGACGAUGGUGGACCUCCGUUCAAGGUGCCUAUGCACGCCUUGUUCACGCGCAUUACUGCGCUCGAACCGGGCGUUGAGCUUCCGGCGAUCGCGGAUGAACGGGACCAGCAGCGCGUCAAGCAAUGGAUGCAGCGCGACCUCGACUACGAGCGCACCAACUUGGACAAGAAACGCUUGAGGACGCUCGAGGCGCAAAGCCUGUUCGAUGAGGCUACAGUUGGCCAGGACUGGCUCGGUCCGAGGCUGGCGAACGAAGGCAGCGGAGCCAAAUCGACGCCGAGCAAUAGGCUGCGGAUCAAGACAGAGCAGGAGAGGGAGCGAGAACGACGGAGCGGGAAGCGAGGUCCUCAUCGCAAAGAGGUUAGGAUGUGAGUUCAUACUUCAUCUCGCUGACCGCAAGGCCUGCGACGCAAUUCCAAUCGCAAUACUGAACGAUAUUCUUGCUGAUCUCGUCUCCGAGCAGGUCCAAAACUCAGCUGAGGGAGAUCGCAAAGAGCAAGGAGUGUCUGGUGCCCAUACGUCUGGAGAUCGAACACGAAGUCUAUCGCCUGCGAGAUACGUUCACCUGGAAUCUCAAAGGUACGUCGACCCACUCCUCGAAUCGGCGCAGCUCAUGUUUCGAAACUGGACUCGUGCUGACAUCUCUGGCGGACGUAAUGUACAGAAACGAUGGUGACACCAGAGAUAUUCGCCUCGCAUCUUUGUGAGGAUUUGCGAUUACCCUAUGUCCACUUUUACAAAGAGGUGGUAGCUCAGAUCAAGCGAGCGAUUGAAGACGCUCAAAUGACCGAGAACUAUGAUGCAUACCUGGCCAACGAUCUCGGCCUCACAAGAGAGAUGAAUCGACGCUGGUUCGAGGAGGGACAACACAAGCUAACCUAUGAGGGCGGACUGGAGGCUCGACCCGAUCCAGAUGAGCCGCCGGAAGCCGGCCACUCCGCACUAGAUCCUGUGGACGAAAUCAUCGAGAUGGAUUACCGGCAAACCAUCGAUCACCUCGAUACAAAGCCCUCCUCCGACUUCGUGCUCGAAUUCGGGGACGGCUUGGCUCCUGCGCCGCAAGAAGUAUCUGGCGUCGUCAAAGAAAAGUCAGAUGUGCCGGCUCAUUCUGAUGACUACGCGAACGAGGAGCUCCGGGUCACGAUCCAACUCGACAUAACAAUUGACUCUGUGCAGCUCGUCGACCGAUUCGAGUGGGACCUCAGCGAGGCUCAGAAUUCGCCAGAACAGUUCGCUGAAACUUUUGCGACCGAGCUGGGUCUUAAUGGCGACUUCCAAACCGCCAUAUGUCACUCGAUCAGGGAGCAGCUCGACGUGUUCACCCGGUCGCUGUGCAUCCUAGGACAUACCCAAGGUUUAAUCGUUGCCGACGAGGAACUACGCCGCCAGUUUCUCACGCCCGUUUCCGAGCCGAUUCGGUUCGAGAGUGCAGCCGAUUAUACCCCUCUUCUGAAUCAACUCACGCCAGAUGAGGUCGAUCGAAACGACAAAGAAAGGGAGCGAGAAGUACGUCGCAAGCGCCGUCAAACGAAAGGACGAGGGGUCACGUUACCCGACCGUGAUUUUGUCCGGACGCAUCGUACUAUCGUCCCCAAGUCGACCGGCGUUCCGAUCAUAUCGUACCAAGAUGCACGAGGCGAGACCGUGUACCCCAUGGGCGAAAUCGGGAUGCCUUACCCGAUCGUGGCCCCGUUCUCGAUCGAGAAACCUCCCGACCUCGAGAUCCACGCCGCGUCUCCGCUCAAGCUCAUCCAACCCAAGGCUCAACUCGGGAUCGGUCACACUGUCGAUGGUAAACCUAACAAAAACGUGCUGAAGAGGUCUCAUGGUGAUGGUUUAGGGCAUUCAGCGGCCGGGGACGGAUCAGGCCAGACAUCAGGCGACGCAGCCAAACGCUCGGGUGGUCAAGGACGUGGAAGGCGCACUAAUUUGGAGGCGUUGGGUUUGCAUCCACAUAUCAUUGAAGGGUCUUGGUUCUGUGCUAAUUGUGGUGUGCCGGACUCGAUUGCCGUUGGACGCCGGAAAGGACCCACGGGGGCCAACAGCCUUUGCGGUCAAUGUGGUGAAUCGCAGAGUACUUCCGCCAAAUUUGUGACAGUGCUAAUUUCUGGCUCUUCAACUCCAUGCAGGCAAAUUUUUCCAUCGGUACCGUCGGAAUCGCCCAUGCACCUACACCACUGACCUCGAGACGCAUCGCCAGGCCAAAGCCGCACUCGAUGCUGCCGCAGCAGCAGCCAAACUUGCGAAGAACCAAGCCGCCGCUCAAGCUCGCGCCGCAGCCGCAGCCGCAGCCGCUGCCGCUGCCGCUGCCAUCGGUGAUGACGCUACGAUGGCCUCCGCAAGGCUCAAUAUGCUUUCGGCGGCAUCCGAUCGCGGUGGGACCCCAACGCGCGACAACUCAUCCGACGAGUCUGGCCACGACGACUCGGACUCGGACGACGGAUCAUCCGUGACCGGAAGAUCCGCCCGUCCAACGCCGUCCAAUCAGUCUCCCCGAGGUCCCUCUCCGUUCGUCCGUGAGGGUACAGGCGACUCGGAUCUCAGCUCUGCCUCCGACUCGCCAAGGCGACCAACCCCUUCCGACGUCCGCACAAUGUCUAUAGGCGGAAAGGGCAUCCCUCCCCUUCCUAUGCACGCCCCUGUCGCCUCUCUCGUGGCCAAUCUACCUCUACCGGCUCAACUAGCAGAUGUAGGACCUCCUAUACCUCCCGUGAGUCAGGCUGAGCUUCUCGUCCCCGGCCGCUAUGAAGUAAUGAAAGAUACUGAGGAUUUGUCGUGCUGUAUCUUUAUCUGCUCGCCAGGCCUGGAUGCACGCUGCCGCUGCGGAACUGCGGGCCAAGCAGGUCGACGACCGUUUCGAUAUCAUUCCUCGCCCUCGCCCGAUGGAUCCGACCGCAGUCCAGGACUGGCGGAUACGCUGUCUUGACUGCCCUGGCAAGGUGAGCUCAAGCAAUCAUUCAGUCGCAGGCGAUGAUACCCUAGAGUUCGAUAGCUUCCGGAGGCUGAUCAGAUUCUGGUCUUUGCGUACUUUCUGCAGCUCUACAACGUCGGACCUGGCGAAACUCUGGACAAUUUUAGUGUGCAUUUCAAGAAUCGAGUGCACCGAGGCAACGUCGAAGCGAGGCUGAAGGGGCUACCCCCGCCUCCUCUUAGCUGA